AUGCCUGUCAACGAGUCUUCGCCUCUCCCGCUCUUGCGUCCGGAUGAUUACGUGCGCUCGCUCUCCGAAACGACCUUGACCUCUUCCUACAUAUCCAAAGACGGAGAGACACAGGACAACAGACCGCAGACACGCAGUGCCAAUACCAAUCCAAACCCGGAAGGAACAGAACGAUGGGACCAGCUCACGAAGGAGAAGCGAAGCCGUCUUGCUGAUUUCUAUCACCGGGUCAGUCCUCUAUACAUGGGGUGGCCGCAUCCAGACGACGAGGGGCGCAAUAUGAAUGUAUUCGUGGGGUCGAUCCAUGAUACCGAUACGAGGGUGUUGUUGGAGGCACGGAUGCAUGUUGCAAGGUGUCGCUCAUGGGAUGAGUUAAGAGCUAUGGUGCAGGAGAUGACUGGAGAUAGCGAGGGUGAUGCUGCAGUUGGUGAGCGUGCUAUGCAGCCUGGGGCUGAUGUUCAACAGGUUACCACGACGAAUGGGAUCCCGGUUGAGUCGGCGCUGAAGAGGAAGAGGUAUAUUCCCAUCGUGCCGCCUGAUCAGGAUGAACAGCUUGUGAUUGAUGCGUAUGGGCGGGGAUGGUCUGGUGUUUCAUGA